CUCUUUCAGUAUCAUUUUCCUCAAUGAAACCGAAAAAACGUAAAGUGUUAAGUUCCGAUUUUUUUGCAUUUAUAUUGAGGUGAAAAUGGAUUUCUAGUUUGUUUGCGUAAGCACAAACCAAGCACUUUGGUGCACAAAAGUUUUAGCGAAAAUGAUUUUAAAACAAAGAGCCACCAUGGCUUCCUUCACAUCAACAACAGCGUUUUUAGGACAAGAUUCCUCCAAAUCAAAACUUUUUAUCCCUUCAAAUUUCAUAACAAGUCGAGAAUAUGAAACCUGUUUCAAAAAUGGCAACGAAUACGGACAUUUCAGCAAUGGAGUCUCUAGCUCUGCCUGCAGAACUGUAUUGGGACUGCAAAACAGAGCCGGAAUCUCCCCUGUCCAUGGAGCUAUUUUCCAUGAAUGAGCCAGCUGGUUUUUGGCUCCAUGAUGACAAUUUUGAAAAUGGCAUAGUAAUGGUCAGCGACGAUGAUUUUGACUUGAAACCCGGAAUGGAGUUACUCAAUGGUGAUGACUUAGUUUUGGAAUUUAGCGAUUUGAAGGAGGAAGAGUGGGCCGAAGACAAAGUGCCACUACUCGAUACCGACUCUAUCAUUGCUCACCCCAAUUCAGUAACAAAAGUCUACAGCUCCUUUGAUAAUUCUGAUGCUCUAAAAUCGGAAAAUUUCGAAAUCACAGUUCUGACCACAUUAACUCCACCGCAAUCUCCACCACAAUCUUCUACUUCGGCAAACAUCCUACAACAUGCCAUUGCAACGGAAGGCGUAGUUAAUUUCAAUAAUUAUAUACACCACUCAUCGUUCCAUACAACACCGGCAACAGUGAGUAGUUCAGCACCAACGCCCGUAGCUACAUCUACAAUUCACGCCGUUCCGUCCCAUGCGUUAACAUCGGCUACACCUGCAGCAACGCUACAAAAUCUACAUUUCUCCAACUACUAUGGAGCUGCACCGUUCACACCUUCCGAGGCGCCACAAACCGACGACGACAAACGCAACUCACAGAUCGUAGAUGAUAUAUUGAAAUCAUUCAUAAAAGAAUUGCCAGAUUUAAACGAUGAAUGUGAGUCUAACUCGUCGUCGGCAUACUCGACUGUAUCGCGCCCAGAGUCAAUUGUUACCGAUGAGGAUUGGUCGCCAGAUUCUUCUUUCUCAUCAUCUGCCAGUUCUUCGCCCAUAUAUGGCGGCGGCGAUGAAGACAACUCACAAUUCGUGCAGUCGAAACAAUCCGAACCCAAGAAGCGUACACGCCCAUAUGGACGUGGUGUUGAAGAUCGCAAAAUUCGGAAAAAGGAACAAAACAAGAAUGCGGCUACACGUUAUCGUCAAAAGAAAAAAAUCGAAAUGGAGAACGUGUUAAAUGAGGAGCAACAAUUAACACAGCGUAAUGACGAGCUGAAACGCAUAUUGGCCGAGCGUCAGCGUGAGGCCAAGUACUUAAAGACCCUCAUUAGGGAGUUCUACAGCCAGAAAAAAGGCAGUGAAAGCAGUAAACAUUGAAGUACCAACGACCAGUCAUCAAUUCAAAUUUGUCAUCAAAUAGCUAACAAAUCAACUGUCCAACAAAAACCAACAAACAACAUUUCCAAACAACAUUUUAAACAUAUUUUUUUAACUAUUGUAUUUUUAAUUGCUACGCAAACAUUGUAAUAAUUCAGCCAAUAUGCAACUAAGCAUUGGCACGCAUUGCUAGUUGGCGCUUAUGACAGGAUCUCUUUUGAUCCUCGAAACAACUUAGCCACGUGCAAGUGCGUGUCCCUCCCAAAUGUGUGCAUAGUGCCCAAAUAUAAACCCUAAACAACAUCAACCAAAUAACUAUGUACACGUAGAAAUUGCUUAGUUGACUCUGAAUUCAAUUCGGGGUACUUAAAGUGCCUGCGUUUCAUAUUACAAAUAAAAGGGUUUAUAAUAUA